AUGCAAGGCAUCGCUCAUCUCAUUUCCACACGAGUCUUGCUGCUCAUUUUGGUUGGGUUGUUAUCAUCAUCCGCAACAUAUCAUGUUGUGAAUGGACAACAAAAUUUUACAUGCACUCUCCCAGGAGGAUGCAGCAUUAGAUCCUACCUUACCGACCUUAAUGCAGAACUUGCAAAGCUAGUGAGUACAAAGGCUAAAAUCACGUCUGCUAUUUCCCUCCUCAACUCUACUGGAAAUGCAAAUUUGACCUCAAUUAUAAUACUGAGACAAAAACAAUCUGAUAAAAUUCAAACCGCCAUCGAUAGUCUCUCAUUGGAAGUUAACACCAUCACAACAACAUGUCAACAUUAUAGUGGUGAUGAUUGCAACCAAGGAUGCGCCUCAGGAUGGGCCGGAAUCAAUUGCAUGCAAAUGGCAUGUUUUGGUGUACUCGCCACAAGCGCCUCAGUUUGUUCUGGACGUGGUAACUGUACAUCCUCCAAUAAGUGUUCCUGUAAAUCACCUUACAUUGGAGAUAAUUGUGAAACAGUCAAUGGUACAACAACCAGCUAUAAUUCAGUGAGUGGAUUUAAAUAUGCCGAUGGAACCUAUGCAAGAUCAUGUAAGGAGUAUAGAAAUCCAAUAGCUCCUAGAAUGUACUUGGGUGAAGGAAGUGGAUUGUAUCAAAUUAAACCUGGAAAUACAGUCAUGACAGUCUAUUGUGAUAUGGAUACAGACGGUGGAGGAUGGACCAUGUUUGCUGGUAUUAGAAGAGACUAUUACGGAGCUCACUUCCACGUCUUUGAUGAUAAUGCUGCCACCACUACAAAUGAUACUAUUACAUUCCACAUUCCAACAUCUGAUUUGAUGAAUAUUUCCACUCAGAUUAGAGCAUCCACUGACAGUGGUAAUGCAGCAACUAUUGCUUUUUCUAAUUUCUUUACAAAUGAUUGGCAAUAUAGUGCCUAUUGUACAAUUCCACAAGGAUUGAGAGAUUACGUUCAAAGAACAAGAGUAACAGCAUACAGUGAUCCAACGAUGCAAACUUAUUAUGCUGCCAUUCCUGCAACAUGUUACAAUUUGAAGAAUGUUCUAACUCUUCCAACCUAUGUCACCUAUAGUAAGACAUCAGAUAUGCACUGUAUGGGGUUCAGAAUGGGUAUUCCACGUGCUACAACUGACUCUUUCAUGAAUGCAGGUGCAGGCACGGUUUGGGCAACUUAUACUUAUCCUUCAUGUCCUGAGGGAGGUCCAGGUCCUGGAUUCAAUCCUGGUGUUCAAUACGUCUAUGAUACAACAAGUGUUGCUAGUGCUACACUCACCAACAGAAAUGGUGCUCUUUACUUGAGAUAA